GCAGUUUAACAUUAGACAUGCAUCCAAUAGGUUGGUUGCCACCUAGUAUUACUAAUAGUGUUAUGCAGUCUAAUUUAGAGUACUCUAAUAAUGUAAUCGAAACAAAUAAAUAUAAAGGUAAUGGAGGAAUUACUCUACCGGGAACAAACUUCGUUGGACCAGGUAACAAACUAGUAGAUUCAAAUGGAAAAGCAAAUUUCAACCGUCUUCCAGACCAUUGCGCUGAUUGGGUCGCAAUGGAACAUGAUGCAGAUUACUAUAACGCUAGUAUUACGAAUCAUAAUCAAAUACACGAAAUCGAAAAAAUAGAUAACAAAGCUAUAGAUACAGCUUGGAGAGAAUGUUUGAAGAAUCAACCAAUUAUUACAACCGCUCUGGUGACGGGUUUGAAAACUAAAAAACAUAUGGAAUUGCUAGCUGAACAGUCAGUGUUCCCAUUCGGUUCGAACGAAGCGGUCUAUCCUGGUUCGACGUCAAAUUCAAGUACUCCAAUAACGUGGUUCACAAAAGCGAAGUCAAGACGUAGAUUUGAAGUUGGACAAGAGCCAAUAGAGGAGGUGGGAGAAGAUAGCAGCAAUAUAUUUCGUGUGCCAGAAAAUUGGAAUUGGAGGGAAGAUCCUGAUUUACAAACUCAUAAUAAUAUUAAACCAAUACAACCGAGAAUUAUUGAUUCAAUGAGUAUAUCAUCAACUAGUGGAACACAAGGAGUUAAACGUACAAACGAUGCUUCGUCAUCAGCCUCUGAUACAAAGAAGACCAAACUUCCUGGUACGGGGGAUGCGAAUGAUGGUGACCCAGAUACUGGGAAUCCUAGCACUCAAAAUGCUGUAUUGGAUCGCCCAAUUCCUAACACAACCGGACACAUUAUGGUAUUUAGAAAGAAUCAUUCACUUAUUAGUUAUGGGGUGGCAAGCGUUCAGCUUACACUUGAUGGAUUUGCUUCUGAACGUGUGGGAACAACAGGUUUGAUGUACUUACCAGUAGAUAAACCUUAUUUUUAUUUGUCUCCGUCAGAAUUCAAUAGCAUCGUUUCCAACAUACGUGGAGUUAGGGUAAAAGAAAUUAAAGUUAAAGUUGUUAUGAGAAAUCCAAGAACCGCUUUUGAAACUAAUGCCAGUACAUCAACAUUGGCUACAUUAAAUCAGAAUAAAUUCAUACAAUAUGCUGAAGGCUUAAUAAAUAAAACUAGAGGAUUCAAUACCGUUUACAAAUUCGAAUCAGGAACGAAUACUAUGAAACCGACAAAAGUCAAUACUGUUGAUGAUUCAUUUGUCAAAAAAAUAGUAUCUGCGAUGUACGGAACAGAUAAAGAUGAUUGGCUUAAACCAAAUUGGAAAGAAGGUGCGACUUUACCUUGUUCACUUAUGAACUUACCUAUGCAGUUCCCAGUUUAUUAUACAAUGUAUGCUAAUAAUGCACAACACGAUGGUAAAUUAGGUUGGCCGAUAUUCAAUCAACACGUAACAAAAUGUGAUGCCAGUACUAUGAUUGGUAAAACUGUAUUGAAUUAUAAGUACAAACCAAAAGUCAGUUUUUUAAGUGCACCAUGGACUCCUGUGCAUAACGGUAGAAAUACUACUAAAGGUACAAACGUUACAGAUUUUAUUGUUGCUAAUACGGGUCCUAUGGUUAUACCUGAUGUAACAACAGUCAAUGCUCACACUGGUUUAAUGCAACGAAAACAAGUAAAUUUUGAACUUCUACAGUCGUCCCAGUGGAAUCAAAUUUUUACCGAUAAUUUUGAUCGUUAUUCAGAACCGUUGGAAAUGAGUCAAUAUGUUAAACGAUCUUUCGGUGAAUCAAACUAUGGAACAGUUCAACCAUCGUUGCACGUUGGAGUUUGUGCUGUACCUCAAUUAACUACAACAAAUGUUGAUUUAGUACCAGAUAAGUUUACUGAUAUUGAGUGUACGUGGGAUAUCGAAACGGAGUUGAUUUGUGAAUACGGAUUGCCAUAUCACUAUAGUCAUUUCGCAUCUCCUCAUGUAGAAUUAGAAAAUGCUUACAUGACUAUACACGGUAUGGACGCACAUGAUAGUUAUUGGGAAGAAAUGUCAUUGUUCAACAACCAAUAUGUUGUUCCAGUAAUUAAGAAAUAGCAAUUACAGAAAAAUUAUUUGUCUGAGUUGGAAUUACAUUCACAAACAAAU